GUCCUUGGUAGCGGAGGUGUCGGCAAGAGCGCCCUCACUGUCCAGUUCGUUCAGAAUAUCUUCGUUGAGAAGUAUGAUCCAACGAUAGAAGACAGCUACCGAAAGCAGAUUGAUGUCGACGGCCAACAGUGCAUGUUGGAGAUUUUGGACACCGCGGGCACGUCCAGUCGUCUCACCUGGCUACAGGCAAAUGAGCUUAUACGUUAG